AGCAAAAAGCGGAGGCGACAUAGCGUUGCGCUGUAGACGGGCCGUGUGAAGGUGUACAAGCCGCUGUCUACUCGCUGUUAUUGUGCCAGACGCGUAGCAGACGGCUGCGGCCGGCCGGCCGCCCCGCUAGCGUGAACAUGGCCUCCGCCCUGCUGGAGUCAUUUGACGGCCUGCUGCCGUCGGCAUCGAUCCUCGCCAUGUCAAUAGCUCUCCUCGUGGUGGCCCUGCUACGCCGCCGGAAGGCGGCACCGCCGAAACCGCCGCCGCCGCCGCCGCCCCCCGAAGCUUUGUGCCCCGUCCUAGCGGCAAGAUCAAAAACAGGCACGACAACACCACCGGAGGUCGCGAAGCCGCGCACGAAGGCUCGAAGAGCGUCGGCCUACCUCGAGAUGGAGGCCGACGACGCGUCUUUGUGGGACGUCGGCGCGAGAGGUUUUUUGCCGGCCCGAGCGCCGCGAAAGGAGCCCUCGACGCCGGCCCUGCGUGUGUUGCGGGAUCUGGGGCGCGAGGUGCCCUCCGCGGCGUUAGAAGAAUCCAUCGGGAGGACGAUCCAGCAACGAAGUGCUGAAUUGGAAGCAGCGGCGGACGCCAUAAAAUCAAUAAAGCACGACGAGGACGAGCUCGAGGUGGCCCACGCGCUCUAUUCGUAUAUAUGCUGCGCGUUGGUCAAGGAGUCCUCUGAGAGAAUAGUGCCGCGGUGUUUGGCCCGAGGCUUCUGCGCCGUGUCUCGACGAUUAGGACGGAGACCGAUGCUCGACUACUCGGGCUGCGUCUUGUAUAAUUGGGCCUUGUUAGAUGAAAAGGGGCCCGUGUCGACGGACAACGCGCGGAUGCUGCGGCGCUUUACUGGUGAAACGCGGCGUCCGAGACUGAAACUUUGCGGUGCCUUCGACGCGGCGAUGGCGUGCUGGUGGCGUAGAACUACGCCGUCGCCGCGGCAGCGAGAGUGUCGCGCGUCGCCACGCCAUCGAGCCGACGUCGCGUCGACGGCGUGGAGGGUUGCGACGAUCGAGAGCCUCGUCCACGCAGGUCUCGUCGACGAGGAGUGGUUCUUCAAGACCCAUUUGGUCAUCGAGGCGGCGGCCGCACCGGCCGUAGCCGCCUUGAAUGAAGGCGCCGACGUCACGUCGAGAACUGUGACACAGGAGGCGAUCCAGGACUGCCACGAGGUCCUCAGCAAGAUCGAAGAUUGCUUUGGACAUGUCGUCCGGGACUGCCUCCCGCUCAUGUUCGAGCGCCACGGCCAGCACGGCGCGUUGUGCGACUACUACUUUUUUUAUGCGCGACUGCGGCCCUUCAUCAAUGGUCUUGAUGCCGUGAUCUUCGAGGGCGAGUUUGACAACGAGCCCGUCUCAUUACCCGGUCCCAGUGGUGCUAUGUCUACCUUGCUGCCGGCGCUGGAUGCGUUUCUGGGCGUGUCCAACUCGAAUCGGACUUUACAAGCGCUACUCGAUGACUUUUCCGAGUCCAUGCCGGUCGCGCACCGACGGUUCCUGAGGAAAAUUAGACAAACAGUGCCGUGUCGAGAUUUCGUCCUGGCUGCUCGGGACCAAGCUCCUCCUGUGGUGGACGACUGGUCCGGUUCAGCGUCUGCCGCAUUAGCCCUGGCGGCGCAAUAUAAUAGGUGCGUGGACGUGGUAUUAGACUUUAGGUGGAGGCACAUGCAGAUGGUGCGGAAGUACGUCUUGGAGCCGGCCGGGACGAACGACGCCGUCGGUACGGGUGGUACGGCAGCUUUCUCUUACUUGCAUGAACAUAUCUCGGACACCGAAGCAGCUCGAGUGUCCGUGUUGAAGGAAGGUCCGACAACCCCGAAGUCCGUGAGAAGAUCACCAGGUGGGUUGUGCCCCUUCUUCGCGGCGGGCCGCGACGCGGCCGACGCGGGCGAAGGCUUGCUCGUGACGAACGACGACGACUUAUUAUGGCGCGUCGAUGCGGCGAGAGGUUUUCUGCCCUCUUCUGAGGAGUCGUCGUCUACAAAUGAGGUUUUGAGUGUGGUAGCUAGAUUAGCGAGGGAGAUCCCCUGUUCCUGCGCGACGCGCGGCCUGUUCCGUUCUUACGUCGACGCGGAAUGUGAUUCAUUGAGUCAGAUCGACGACGGGUUCGUGGAGACAUUACGAUUAACUGAUUUAGAGAGAUUGCGGAGCCGUCUGGCCUUCGUCGCCGCGGCGUACGCUCGCGGGGAUGCGGCGUCCGCGCCGCAUAACCGGGGGCCUUUGAAGAAAACCGUCGAAGGCGACGCGAAGCUGUCGAACGCUUUGGAUCAGGCCCUCGGGGCGGCGUCGCGCCGGUUAGGACGGCCGAAGCGCGUGUUAUGUUUGACGGAUUUGGUUUCUUGUAAUAGAGACCUUUCUGACGACGCGCCGCCGCCGUCGUGCCGGUUUUUGGCGGUUUGUCGCCCGUGUCCUUUUGUCGCGUCGCGUCGACGGCGCGGAGCGCGUGACGCUGCUCCACCUUGACGCCAUCGACGCGACGCGAGCUCCCGCACAAAUUUCUCACGAAAACGCACGCAGGUCCCCGAGGAGGACUCGCUCUACGCUUCGCUCUACGCCAUCCACAAAACCACGCCGCAGAUCAUCGACGCCAUCGAGGCCGGCCGCGACGCGAUGCGACUGGACGACGCCCGCGCUUUAUCAGAGGCCCUCACCGCGUUAAAGCAAGCGCUGCGAGCGACGGCGGAAGCCCACCACUUCGAUAGGGAGGCGUCUCGGGGAGAGCGCGUCGUCAUGCGGCGGUUGCGGCACUUCCUGCUGCCGGCGGGCGGCACGGACAGCGACCUCGCGGCGGCGUUGUACAACGGUUUUGAUUCUGCUUUGUUGAGCUCGGCGUGGCGUUUUCUCGGCGCACCGGUCCCGAAGAUCGGCAACCUGCAGCCGUCGCGCGAUGCCGCGCGGCGGACGAUGCCGCGGCCGCACCGCGAUUACUUGCUGAAGCUGUCUCCUCGCACGUCGGUGCGCGCCCGAGUCCUGGCCACGGAGCAGCGCAAGAACCGGCUGCCGGUCCACGCUCUGGCGGUCGUCGAGGCGGAAUUCAACGCUUGUUUGGAUGAACUGCUGCGGGUCUGUUCCAGGCGGUCGCAGCUCGUCUGCCGCUAUUUGCCGAACUACGCGGCGGAGUUUCGGCGGGACGAGUUCGAGCACGACCGGCGGGCUUUAUUAGAGGGGCGGCUGUCGGCCGUGCGCGCGCGGCGGCUCGGGAACGCGGGCGACGAGUCUCCGGAAAGAAAGGCGGACAAGUCGCGGGCGUUUUCGAUGUAAGUUGCUUUUGUUGUGUUUA